UGGGGCGGGGCCGGGGCUGUGGCUGGGGGCAUCCGAGUGCCUCCUGGGAGCAGAACCCGGAGGACGCGGGAACUGAGCGGAGGUCCAUUGGGAGCGCACGCCCUCGCGAAGCCUGGCCGGAGGCCGCCAUGGAGCCUCCUCCGCAGGCUCGGGUCCUGCGGUGCUGCUGCUGCCAUGUCUUCCAGGCACACCAGGUGAAAAAGAGUCUCAAGUGGACAUGCAAAGUUUGUGGAGAGCAGCAGUCAUUUUUGCGGGCUUAUGGUGAGGGCUCUGGUGCUGACUGUAGACGCCACGUCCAAAAAUUGAAUCUGCUGCAGGCCCAGCUCUUGGAGACGCCACACAGGUCUCCAGAAGAGCCUACUAGUGCUGGCAGAGAGAGAAAUGCAGGUCCUGGGCCGGCAGAGCUCGUGAGUGCGCAGGAGGAACCCCAGCCGUCCAGGAACCGCUGGUGGAAGUACCUGGAAAGGGGCUCCGGAGAGCAGGGGCUGCCCGGAGCCCUGCAGUUCAGCAGCUGGUCCUCAUCCACAGCAGGGAAGCCGGAUGCUCCCUCUAGAACAAGGAGGUGGAGCCAGAGUGCGGUCCAGCCUCCACACAGCCCUACCGGCCAGGAUGUGGGGGACCCUGAGGUCACCUCGGAGACACAGAAGCAGCUGCGCCCUGCUGCAGCCUCUCACCGUCACCUGGUCAGACGGCCUUUGGAUACCUUGGAGGCAACUGUGGGUCACACCGGCCUGGCCAGGAAGGCCAGGGGGAGCAGUCAUGAGGACUGGGAUGCUAGGGGGAGCCCUGGGCCUGGGAGGGCGCCACAGUGUGCUGCCCAGCAGGUGAGGGCCACACCUUCUAAAUGGGCACAGUUCCUUCCGCCACCUGGGCACAGCACACAGGCGGACACAGAGCCCUGGACACCGCUGCAGAGCGACCCUGUGCUAGCUGGAGCAGCACAGGCCGGGCAGGAGGCCCCCCAGCCCUCGAACAACGGACAGGAACCCAGGACCACCAGUGCACUCCAGCUCCCUUGGGCCACACAUGCUCCACGUGGGCCCAAGAGGCCCUUUGGGGUGACCACUGAGCAGCUGUGGGAUACAGGCCCUCAAGCAGAGGGUAGACCCUUGGCCAGAGGGGCACAGGAGUCCCAACUUGUACGGCUGCAUGAUCUCUUUAACACUGGGGAAGACUUUGACGACAUCCUGUGAACCAACUGGUGUGUUACUACCUGGGUGUGUCUGCUACACGAGCCUUCCCCCAGCAAGACCUGUCUGCAUCGCUGCCUCUAGUGACUGGGACUUGAGGAUUUAUGGCAACU